GAGAUUGACAUUAGCAUAAAUUUAUUUACAUUUUAUAUGGAUACCAUAUGUUAUGUAUAAGUAAAAUGUAAAUAAAUACAAUAAAAUUUAUUACUUUCUUCGUCAAUAUAACAAAAAUAAAUAUGAAUGUAGAAAAUUACCACAAAACCGUUUGUAGUGAAAAAAAGGAUGGGCUUGAUUUUGAAAGUGAAAUACCAUUUACAACGAUAGUUGAAAUGAAACAAGAAUCUACAUUAGAAUUCUCAAAGUCCAAAGAUUCUGAAAUCGUAGCAAAGCAACCAGAAAUCAAUGUAACAGAAGAAAUGUUUAAUUCAAUUAAUGAUAUAACAAAUGUCUGCCAUAUAUGCUUCUGUUAUAGUAAUGAAUUUAUUGCUCUGGAAAGUGAAGAUCGAACUCUUGCCAAUAUGUAUUCGUAUAUAACAUCGUUCGAAAUAUUGCCCAAUGAAAAUGUUAUAUUCAAAAUUUGUGAAACAUGUCACAAUGAUGUUCAGUAUUGUUAUAAAUUCAAAAUAAAGUGUGAAAAAUCAUUUUUUACACUUCAAGAACAUCUGAAAUUGGUGAAGAAAGACUUAAAAGCCACAAGUAACACUUCAAGAAUUAUCAAAAAGGAGGAAGAAACACAAACCGAACAAAUAAAAUUAUUAGAAACAGAUUAUCUCAACAAUGUUUCAGCCAGUCAUACAGAGUUUAAAGAAGAUAUAGAUAUUAAUGAAGCACAUGUUGAAUACUUAGACAGUGAAUAUUUUGAUACCACUACUUAUGAAAAAGAUGAUGUUGAACCAAAGAAUGAUGAAUUUGAAAUAAACGGGGAAGAUCUCAAGGUACAUUUGAAAGGAACAAAAAAACCAAAAAACUAUUAUUACUGUGGUGUAUGUCAAAAGAAAUUUCUAAAAGAGAAAAACUUGAAGGCUCACAAUAAAAGUCAUCAAACAAAUACUGGCAAUUCAUUUAGUUGUGGAAAAUGUAAAGAAACAUUUGGGUCUGAACAUGACUUGAAUAUUCACUCUGCUUUGCAUACAAAAGGAAACAAGUGGACCUGUAAUAAAUGUUUAAAGGAAUUUGAAGACCGGUCGCGCCUCCGCCGCCACGUGCGGCGGCACUUCGAGUGCAAGCGCUACGCGUGCGAGCGCUGCGACAAGCAGUUUGCGGAGCUGUGCGCGCUGCGCCGCCACGCGCGCGUGCACACCGGCGAGCGCCGCGACCGCCCGCACCAGUGCGCGCUCUGCGACAAGAGGUACAUCCACAAGAGUCAACUACAAACGCACAUGUUGUCCCACUCCGGCGCGCGUCCGUGCACGUGCGACACGUGCGGCAAAAGCUUCCCGUCGCGGCGCCUGCUCGCCUCGCACCGCCUCGUACAUUCCGACCUAAAGCGUUAUGCGUGCAGCUAUUGUGAUAAACGAUUCCGUCACGAGUCGACCCGCAACACGCACCACCGCACGCACACGGGCGAGAAGCCGUACGUGUGCUCCAUAUGCGGCAAGACCUUCAUACAGAACUCCAAUCUCACGCUGCAUAUGCGCACGCACACUGGUGAAAAGCCGUACUCGUGCGAGAUUUGCGGGCGCAUGUUCAAGUCGAGUUCGUCACUCAACAAUCACAUGCACACGCACACCGGGGAGAAACCGCGCGAAUGUCCCGUUUGUGGGAAGAGGUUCGCGAGUUCAAGUUUAUCAAAUCACAUGCGGCGACACACGGGGGAGAAGUUGCACACCUGUUGCGCCUGCAACAAGACUUUCGUCACCGCCUCGCGACUCAAGGAACAUGCGCGCACGCACACGGGCGAAAAGCCCUUCAAAUGCUCACUCUGUUCUGCGCAAUAUACAAAAGAAUCGUGUCUAUUGAAACACAUGAAAAGACACGAGAGAGAUAAAAGUAAGAAUGGGAAUGUACUAUAUGUUCACAAAGUACCAGUCAUCGUGACCGACAAACUAGUUAUUACCAAAGAAAAUACUAACGAAAGUGAUAAAAAUAACUUAAAAUUAGAAAUGGCGGAAGAGGGACCUAUAGAAGUUUCUGGAGAACUAAUUUUACAAGAUGAUAGCAAUGUUAAAACAGAACUGUUAGUUAUUGACGACGGACAGAAUAAUAUAAGCUAUCAGGGCAGCGAAGUACUCAGUAGUGAUAAUGGGUAUACCAAUGAUGACAUAAGCAGCAUGAAUAUAGUCACAGUUGAUGAAGGAGCGUUAACUACUUCAGAUAUAUUGGAAGGGACGACGGUAAAAUUGUAUAGAUUAGACCAAAAUUUAGUACAAAUUCAUGCUACGGGUGACAAAGUUACGAUUAGUAAAAUAUCUAACAAUAUUGCAAAUUUUUAGCCAGUGUUUAGAUCUAGAUUUAUAGAUGCAAUUAUACAUAUAUCAUCUAUCUAAUAUAUAUUCUUUUUAAUACUUGUAUUCAUGUCGCAAAUUAUGUAUUUCAAUAUUGUAAUCCAUGUUUUAUCAUGUACAAGU